GAACGUCAACGGUCACUCUUUUUCCUUAAAACUAAAACGGCUAUAUCUAUCUAUUCUGAAUUCAAAAUUGAAAGUUCGAAAUCACUUAUUUCUCAUCAGUUCAAAAUCACUUUUACUCUCUCUCAUUUUGUCUUCUUCAAAAAUCAAGUGAUUCAUUUCUUUUCCUAAAUAGAUAACAGUACUAGAAAAUGGCUAAUCCUCAAAACGAUCCCCUUUCGCAAGCCGAAACAACUUGUGGAUCUCUUCUGUAUGAACUUCAGAUAAUUUGGGAUGAAGUUGGUGAGGCGGAGCCAGAUAGAGACAGAAUGCUGUUUGAACUUGAACAAGAGUGUCUUGAAGUGUAUCGAAGGAAGGUAGAUCAGGCGAAUAAGUCUAGAGCUCAACUAAGACAGUUAAUUGCUGAUUGUGAGGCUGAACUUGCAGCUAUCUGUUCUGCAAUGGGCGAGCGACCAGUGCACAUUAGACAGUCCGAUCAAAAUGCUGGAAGCCUGAAGGAAGAGUAUGCAAGAAUUCUUCCACAGCUGGAGGAGAUGAAAAAGCAGAAGUUGGAGCGUAGAAAUCAAUUUACAGAAGUUCAAGAGCAGAUUCAAAGCCUCUCAAUGGAAAUUUAUGGCCCCAAAGAGUAUGGUCCUUCCGUUGUAGAUGAAACUGAUUUGUCCCUGAGAAAAUUUGAAGAUUUGCACAGACAGCUAAAUGCACUUCAAAGUGAAAAGAUUGGGCGCCUAAAGACGGUUCAAGAGCACUUGUGUACUUUAAAUUCUCUUUGUUUAGUGCUCGGUUUUGACUUUAAGCAGACAGUCCUUGGAAUUCAUCCCAGUUUAGGAGACGAAGGACCUAAGAGUGUAAGUAAUGAUACUAUCCAGCAACUGGCUGCUGCUAUACAACAACUACGGGAAAUUAAAUUACAGAGAAUGCAGAAGCUCCAAGAUCUUGCAACAACAAUGUUGGAGCUCUGGAACCUGAUGGAUACACCUAUUGAAGAGCAGCAGAUGUUUCAGAAUGUUACUUGUAAUAUAGCUGCCUCAGAAGAUGAAAUAACUGAACCAAACACCUUGUCCGAGGACUUCAUCAAUUGCGUGGAGGUCGAAGUAUCUAGGUUAGAAGAGUUAAAAUCCAGCAAAAUGAAGGAGCUUGUGCUAAAGAAGAGAACAGAGCUGGAGGAAAUUUGUCGAAAGACUCAUUUAGUUCCAGAAAUAGAUGGUGCAGUCGAAUAUGCCGUUGAAGCUAUAGAAUCUGGAAUUGUGGACCCUGCAUGUGUGCUUGAACAGUUUGAGCGCCAGGUUGCCCAAGUUAAAGAGGAAGCUUUGGGUCGAAAAGACAUACUUGAAAAGGUUGAGAAAUGGUUGGCUGCAUGUAACGAAGAGUCUUGGCUUGAGGAAUAUAACAGGGAUGACAAUCGAUAUAAUGCUGGAAGAGGUGCUCAUCUUACUCUCAAGCGAGCUGAGAAAGCACGUGGGUUGGUUAACAAAAUUCCAGGAAUGGUAGAUGCAUUGACUUCGAAAACUAUAGCAUGGGAAAAGGAAAAAGGUUUCGAGUUCACAUAUGAUGGUGUUCGUCUACUCUCAAUGAUUGAAGAGUACAAUAUAUUACGAGAAGAGAAAGAGCAAGAACGCCGUAGGCAGCGGGACCUGAAAAAGCUUCAGGGACAAAUGAUAGCAGAACAGGAGGCACUAUAUGGAUCAAAACCAAGCCCUUCAAAGCCACAGAGUGUAAAGAAGGGGCCUAGGAUGUCAACCGGAGGUGCAGCUAGUAGAAGAGUUUCCCUUGGAGGAGCAAUGCUUCAAACUCCAAAACCUGAUUCAAAAGCUACUCAUUCACGUGCCAUGAGAAAGGUUGACAAAGUGCCUCAAUUUGAUCAACUAAGUUACCCGGAUGAUGGUGUUUCUUGUUUAUCAUCAGCUCGAAGAGGACUAGAUAUUGCUGGGAUUCCUGCAAAAAAGCACUCACUUGGUGCUGCUAGUGCCUAUGAAUUAGAAUCUCCUCUGACAAGACAACCUUUUUCUCCCCUCUCAUCUAAUAAUGUAUCAUCAAAAGCAAAUGUGGCGAAUGCUGCAAAUGAGCAUAUCAUGCAGAGUGAAAAGUUCCCAAAAACAAUGGCCCUUAACAAUGUGCCCUUUGUUAGUCCCUGCAAGGCAAUGACUGUGACUGAUCAAGAGAAUAAAACUCCAAAGGCGAUGCCUAUUCCUAUCCCGCCAACACCUUCAACUGUAUCAAUUCCUAUGAAUAUGGCCGUGACUCCAGUCCCUUCAUCAGUUUCAAUGAAUGUGGCCGUGACUCCAGUUCCAUCGUCAGCUACUGUUGGAUGCAAUGUGAUUCCAGUCCAAGAGAUUGAAUAUUCCUUCGAGGAAAGACGGCUCGCUUAUUAUAUGUUGGCAUGAUUAUUUUGUUUGGCUGAGAGAUUAUAUUAAUGUGAUGAAUAAUCAUAAGUCAAUUAUAAUUGGCUUCCUGAUUGUUGUGUACAUUACAAGAAAUGAACCUAGACUAGGAUAUGGAACAGACUUAUUGAUGAGAUUUUUGUGGUUUAAUGCGAUUUAAUUUUCUUACUUCUUUCUGAUUGUUUCAUCUGGAAAUGGUCUUGGUUGUAUUGGAUCCCACCUAUAUGAAGAAUUAAUGUUGUUACUGUUUUAAAUGAAUUUGAAAUAUUUUACCAUGUA